GCGACCACAUGUGUGGCAAGGAGAGUUGCUGACAGGGAAGAGCAGUUUCAAUCGUUUGUUGUAAAUUGAGUGCUUUACUUGAAUUUCAAUUAGAAAGAGGCUCUGUGGCUGUACAGGCAGGGAACGUUCGGUAUAUGAGGGAGAACCUGGGGCUGGAGAGAUAAUGAAAGAGCAAGUGAUAAAGGAAGCAGCAGCAAAACUUUGUUUUCACAAUAAGUUAAUCCUGGCACCCAUGGUCCGAGUUGGGACUCUACCGAUGCGACUGCUGGCUCUGGACUAUGGAGCUGAAAUUGUGUACUGUGAGGAAAUAAUUGACAUCAAAAUGCAGCAAUGCAGAAGGGUUAUAAAUGAAAUACUUGAAACAGUGGAUUUUGUGGCACCUGAUGAGCGAGUUAUAUUUCGAACCUGUGAAAGAGAAAAGAAUCAUGUAGUCUUCCAGAUGGGGACUGCUGAUCCACAGAGAGCAUUGACAGUGGCACAGUUGGUUGAAAAUGAUGUUGCGGGAAUAGAUGUGAAUAUGGGCUGUCCCAAGGAAUAUUCAACAAAGGGUGGAAUGGGCGCAGCUCUACUAUCGGAUCCAGCCAAAAUUGAAUCGAUACUGAGAACUCUUGUCAAAGGAAUUGCCAAGCCUGUGACGUGCAAAAUUCGAAUUUUUCCUUCUGUGGAAGACACAGUGAAGCUAGUUCAGCGCAUUGAAAGCACAGGUGUAGCUGCAAUUGCAGUACAUGGGAGGAUUAAAGAAGAGAGACCACAACAUCCCGUUCACUGUGACACAAUCAAGGCCAUUGCAGAUGCAGUCUCCAUUCCAGUCAUAGCAAAUGGUGGAUCCAGUGAACAUGUCAAGGUACACUCAGAUAUAGAAGUUUUUCAAUCAUUGACUGGGUCCUCCUCAGUUAUGCUUGCAAGAGCAGCUAUGUGGAACCCUUCCAUUUUUAGGAAAGAUGGACUACUGCCUCUGGAACAUGUCAUGAGAGAGUACAUCAGAUAUGCUGUGUGCUAUGACAACUACCACUCAAACACUAAAUAUUGCCUCUGUCAAAUGCUGCGGGAAAAGAUGGAGACACCACUGGGUAAAAGACUUCAUGCUGCCCAGUCAAAUCAAGAAAUCUGUCAAGUUUUUGAGAUGGAAGAAUACUGGAAAGAGACACAGUCAGCUCUGGAGAUAAGAAAGUCAGCAGUUGAGUUAGGAAGACAAGAGACUGAAGAGCAACCAAAUGAUACAGAUGUGAUCCAGUUGCCAGUCCGGUUUGACAAGCGAGAAUACCCUCCACAGAUCACACCUAAAAUGUUUUUAUUGGAAUGGAGCCGCAGGGAGAAACUCCCACAACCUGUUUAUGAGACAGUGCAAAGAUCAUUGGACAGGUUUUUUAGGUCCACGGUAACAGUAGAUGGUAAAAAAUUUCAGUCAACAGUCUGGGACAAAUCAAAGAAGCUGGCAGAGCAAUCUGCUGCCAUUGUUUGCCUUCGCACUCUUGGACUUCCCGAGGGGAAGAUUGGUGAAAAAGAAAGCAACUUGGUCAACAAGCGAAAACGUGAAAAAGAGGUGCCUUAUGAGAAGACCGAGGAAGAAGACGAAUCUGCCAAAUCACUUAGCAAAAAGCAGAAUGUGGCUACCAAAAAUGCAAUGCUGUAAGGUUCUGAUGUCUGCAGUAAAUUUCUUCCGAUGUUCUGGACAAGGGCACUCUGCACUUUCAUCACUUUAAAUUGGUGCCUUCAGUGUUCCUGGAUUGUGGAGCACUGGUAUCCAGCUCAGAAAUAAAAACAAGCAAACAUAUUUCCAACAGACUUUUAUGUUUCAGCUGGCAACUCUCCAAGAAGUAAAGGCAAUCACCCGCUCAAGUCAGGAAAGGACCCAUGCUAGUAGAAACUCUCUGGCUGUUUGUGUGUUUGGGUCAUUCAGGAUUCCUUGAGCAUACAAAAGUGAGCUUGAGGCUCCAGAGUUUGGUUGCCUUUCCAUGCUCAAGGCUGUUUGUAUGUGUCAGGGUGUAUUUCAUGAUUAAAUUACUGUCAACCACUA